CCACUAGGCUACUUUUUGGACUUCGAAGAGUUGAGCACAGAAAUAAUUAGGCUAGGUUACACAUUAGACUGAGGCAUGUGUAAUAUGACUAAAUCAACCAACCCUCAACUGAAGAAUAAUUAUAUUAUAGCUUGAGCAACAGAUGGUUUCUAACAACACCGAUCUUGACAAAGGCUAAGACUUGGCAACGAAGCGUCGUGACUCACACUCGUGACUCGCUGAAGAUUCAUUUGGACGCUGAGAAUGAUUCUCAAGAUUCAACCAGAAUGAUAUGUGAAUCACACAUCACUCGCCUGAUCAGUCGGAGGAUACCCUUUCGAUUAGAGUAAGCACAACACUCAUGUAGACAACUAAAAUAAUCGCGUUGAUUGGAUUUACAUUUUACUGACCGACCGAUGUUAAUGUAUGACAUAGUAACAGUCAAUAUUCCUGCUGCUGUACCGGGUGACCCUCAGCGACUGACCGAUGUGUGACAACACAGACACCCGGCUUCUUCUCCCACUGGAGAUCUGAGACAGGGUGACAGAGAGAGAGAGGCAGUUGAGGGGGGAUUCUGAGGAAGAUGCUGGGCUCGGAGCGUGGCGUGGUCGAGGAAUGGCUCUCAGAAUUCAAGACCCUACCUGAAGCCCAGAUCCCCAGCUAUGCAGGCAGCCUUCACCUGAAGAAGAGCCUGGUGCCAGCCAUCUACAGGGUCAUCCAGGAACCCAACAACGAGCUCCUGGAGCCUGUGUGUCACCAGUUGUUUGAGCUGUACCGGAGCUCAGAGGAGCGCUUGCGUCGCUUCACCCUGCAGUUCCUGCCUGAGCUGGUCUGGGUGUACCUGCGCCUCACCUCCAGCAGGGAGCGCCAGAGCAACGGCUGCGUCGAAGCCCUACUGCUGGGCAUCUACAACCUGGAGAUAGUGGAUAAAGAGGGCAACAGUAAGCUGCUGUCCUUCACCAUUCCGUCUCUGUCCAAGCCUUCAGUAUACCACGAGCCCUCGAGCCUGGGCUCCAUGGCGUUGACGGAAGGAGCUCUGAGUCACCAUGACCUCAUCAAGGUGGUCUACAGCGGGCUCCACCCCCAGAGAGAGACCUUCACUGCCCAGAACAGGUUUGAGGUGCUCUGCUUCCUCAUGCUGUGCUACAACUCUGCUGUGGUCUACAUGCCCCUCUCCUCCUACCAGUCUGUCUGCAGAAUGAGCUCACGGUUGUGUGUGUGUGGGUUUCCACGGCAGCAGCAGAAGCUAUGGAGAGAGCCGUGCAACCGUGUGCUGCUGGACCCUGACUUCAUGGUUCAGAUGCUGACGGCCAUCUACCAUGCCAUAUACAACGGGGAGUGGGAGAUGGGCAGGGAAUCUCUGGAGGACAUCCUGUACAGAGCCCAGCUGGAGCUGUACUCACAGCCUCUCCUGCUGGGGAACGCCAUGAAGAGCUCCCUGCCAGAGAGCGCCCCAGAUGAGCCGCGUGGCCGCAAGCUCCUCCAGGUGGAGGUCACGCCCACCAUAAGCAGGAUCUCCAUGUCUGCCAUCACUACCGCCUCCAUUCGGCGGCACCGCUGGAAGAGAGAGGAUUGUUUUGACUACUCAAACGAAGCAGAGCUCAGCAUCAUCGUCAAUCCUAGCCACCGCCACAGCCACACCCCCUGGGACCCGGCAGCCAAUCCGGAGAGAGGAGGGCGGGCCCGCAUCAUCCUUCCCGUCACACUGGAGGGUGUAGAUGCGGACGGAAUAAGCGGAGGGGAGGAGUCCUUCAAUGUGAACGACCCAGACGAGGGCUUCUCCUCGGGGGCAUCCAACAGCAGCCAGCCCAGUGGUUCCAAGGCCGGGGGCGGAGCCAGUGUUGGGCCUCGCGGCGGCAGCCAGAAGGGCGGCAGCAGCAUCAAGAAGGCUGUCACCGCACGCAUGAGUCGGGACAAGGACCGCGAGAAGGAGAGAGAGAGGGAGCGAGAAAAGGAAAGGGAGAGAGAGAAGGAGAAGGAGAGGGAGAGAGAGAGGGAUAAAGAGUGGGAGGCAGAGAGGGAGGCAGAGAGGGAGGCGGGAAAACAGCGUGAGCUCUCCUCUCCUGGGCCCCAGGCGGUGCUGCGCAGACACAACCGCCGCCAGCAGUCUCCACCCCUCAGCAUCGCCCUGGACGCUAUCCAGCUGAGCCCCAUCAAGAAGCACCUGAGCUUCCCUGCUGGCACAGCCCUCGUCCGAACCGCCAGCACUUCCUCCUCCAGGUCCUUCGACUGCACCACCCUCAACCUGAACGGCAGCAGCGCCAGCAGUCUUGGGGCCUCGGGGGGGCCUGAGGGGGCCCUGGGAGGGGCCCUGGCGAUGCUGAGAGGAGGAGGAGGGAGGGGGCUGGGGUCCGGAGGAGGAGGAGGAGGGAAGGGAGCAGGCUCCAGGGGAGGAGCCCAUCGUUACUCCACCAUCAGCCUGCAAGAGGAGCACCUGGUGAGGCCUGAGGAGAGCCAGGAGCUGCUGUCUCCUGGAGCCCCCCUCACCAAGCAGUCCCGCUCGCCCAGUUUCAACAUGCAGAUCAUAUCACAGGUGUAGCAUGGGGAGGGGACUCAGGCACGUGCAUGUGGACCAAACACAUAUAAUACUGUACAUACCUACACACACACACACUGGUUGCCCUCCAGCCUCCCUACCCCCACCUUUUAUCUCUCUACCUGUUUGUGUGACCAGGGGAUUGGAUGCUCCUCUGAAAAACAAGCAUUUCUACCAGAGAAGAGUGUGCUUGUCUGUGUGUGUUUGUGUGUGUUUGUACAGAAAUCAAAGCUUGUUUGUUUGUUGUUCAAGGGGGGUUGUGUUCUCAGUCCCCAUCCCUCUUUCUCAGUGGAAUCAAGUCUUCAGAGAGCAGUGAAGGGUUCUAGAGAGCACAGCAGGGUGGGUCUCUAAAGCGAGAGCUCUCCCCUGGUCUUUCACAGCCUCGGUCCGUGUCUGACCAUCCUGAUCAUUCCACCUGUGAAGACCCUGCAGACACACUGCUCCAACAGGAAAACUAGACAUUGCUUGCUGGGACUGGGACAUUCAGAGGUCUAUGACUGAAACACAGAGUCUAUUUUGUACUGAAUCAGCAAUAAGAGCAGUGAGACUGAUGGAGGGGGGGUGAGUUUUGCCGUCUCUCGUACCUGUCACCUCCAGGGCUCACGUGCAAUCUGUACCAACUAUCUCCUUCUCGUUCGGUCUCUUUACUUAGCGUUCAUACGUGUUUUUUAUGAUUUAUCUACUGAGUCUAUGGUUGGAUGAAAAAUCUCAACCCCAAAGACAGUAGCUGAGAAUGUUUUCUUUCGUGAGUUGCGACAAUUAUGGUUUUAUUGAAAAAUAAUCAAGUGGUUCGCUUGAUUUUCUUUUUUCUUAGUUCUCAAGCAUUUUUUAUUUUGACUGAUUUAUACAGUGAAUACCCAGCUGGAACUUUUGUGAUUAAGUUAACAAUUGUUUGUAAUUGAAUUAUCUUAAUACUGUUGUCAAAUCAACAACUGGAAUUAUGCGAUCAGUUGCUGGGUAGAUGUCUACUGUGGCGUAUAUGAGGGUGUCUCCUCUGUGAAGCACAGGAAGUCAGGAACAGGAAGUUGGACCUCCAGGGACUUCCUGUCUCCUGCCCCCACGCUGUGUCCUGGCUGCCGUUAUGAUGACUGUAUGGACCUCUGUCAGAAUAACAGAAUUACACAGCUGUGUCUGUGAGAUGAGCAAGGCUUAUUGUUCUAUGGUGUAUUUAACCUGGUCAUCUUGUGUGUAGAGGCUGUAGCUGUCUUGUGGUUGUGAACUGUACUUUCCUCAUGGCUUUUCACCACUGACCCUGGAGGCUCCAGGGGGUCACUGCAACGUCAGUUGUCACCAAGAUGUUCAUCCAGUUGCGUGUGAUGUGAUGUUUCACAAACAUUUGUUUUCUACCUCAUCGUGUGUUCACCUGCCACUCAAACAGCUAUCUCCCAGCAACAUCCUGUAAGGGAUGGGGCUUAAUCCACCGUCACUUGGACGACUAGAGCAAGGACCAAUAGCAUUUGUUUCUCUCACACACACACACACUAUCUGUCUACACGGCACUGUACCAGUGUGUAUGAGGUGCGGGGUCAGAGGACAGUUGGUCCAUCUCAUGGCUCUUGUUCUUGUUGGAGCUGUCAGCCCUCUGACAGGCUAGCCUGGGCUGUUUGUCUCUGAAACCCUGGGUCAUGCACGUCAUUCAGCCUAAUUGGAAUGACCUUACUUACUACAGCGCUCUGCUUCUUAUUUAGUUGCUUGCUUUGUUAUGUAAGUGAAAUUCAAUGACGGUGUCAUUGUCUUUUUUUGCAAGUGCAAUUUCCCUUGUGCAUGGAGCAGAAUUAGGUCUCCUGUGUAGUGAAUGUCUCUGUGUGAGCAGAGCUCUAGCGCCCCCUCUGGCUGAGUGAAGAAACUGUCUUGUCUGCCUGGCUCUGCAUGCUAGGACCCAGCCAUUGGUGCUCCCCCUGCAGCCCCCCCCCCCCCCCCCCCCCCCCGCUAGGAGAGACUGGGAGACAAACCCAGUGUCCAUUCCAGACACGUCUUUGCCAAAAGUGCCAAGAAUGCGCAUUCUCCUUCUAGGAAACACUGUUUAUCAUGCUUGUGUCUUAAGGUUUUUGCCUUAUUUUUUUAUUUAUUUUGGGGAUACUAGGCUCUUUUUUUCUUUCUUUUAUAAAAGUGGUGUUAGGUUUGUCUGUCUGCGCAGUCCCAAAAGCAGCCUGGGCGUGUAGCAUUCUGAAAUUAAUUCUGUAAAGAUUUUUUUUUACCCCAGCAUAGUGCUCUCACUGUCACAAUCAAACUCACCUGUUCUCUAUAGGAGCCAUCUGGUGUCUGUGUGUGUGUGAGAUGUCUUCAAACUAUUCUAGAUCCUAGCUCAUGUGGUUAUAACUGUACUGUAUAAUGUGGAUGACUGACUGUUAAAUGUCAAUAAGUAUGUUAGACUGAGGACACACACACACACACAAUUGGAACAUUCCUCCUGCUGCUGCUGUUAUAUUUUGGAUGGAGCCUGUGUGCCUAGUCUUAUUGGGUUUGUAAAACUAUGUAUGUUUUGUGGUUUGUGUUGCAUCAUUUUCUAUGUCCUCGUCUGUGUGGGAGCUCAUCCUGCUCCUUCACUUACUGCUGUAGUCAACACACCUGGGUCUCCGCCAUGUCGCACUCUCUGUGGAGCUCCACUUCAUAUAGAGAGCUGUCACCAUCUGCUGGAAUUUGCUGUGUUGAGUGGCGCCCCCGCUGUUCAAACUGGUCAAGUGUCUGUGUCAUUAAUAUGAGUGCCCCCGGACCGUACCAAGUGGCCCAAGAGUUGGUGGUGCAUUGGCUCAGUCCAAGUGUAUGGGGGAGUAUCCCUCAGUGUCUUGUGUAACAUUGCAUGUGAAAGUGUGGGCUUUGUCCUCAUACAUUAUGAAGCACUUUACCCCCAUCCUCAUACACUUCUUUCUGUCAAAAUGAUAAAUAUAUGUGCAAAUGUGUAUACACUCAAACGCAGGGUCUUGGUCUGUUAGAAGUAGUACUUUUGAGCGAUGUCACAUCCAACAAAUUAUUUUAUUUUUAUGAAAGCCUAAGAGUACAGCUAUUUAUCACUUUCUUUUCCAAACCAAAAAAAAAGAAUAAAUAAAGAUUAGAAGCUAGACAUGAGAAUAGAGUGGUCUAAAGGUCUCAGGAGUUUUAAGCUGGUUAGCGCCGCAAGUCAAAUCUGACAUCACCAAAUUCCUGAGGUCAGAGUUGAUUCUAUGCAACAUUUUAUCUCUUUUUUUUUUUUCAUUUUGUAUGGCUAUUAACCUCUCGUGUUAAAGAGCAGGAUUAUUCUAGAUGAGAGUUUCAGCCUUGUUUAUAGUGGCAGGGUCCCCAGAGUGCCCUAGUAAAGACAGAUGGUACAGGCUAAUAGCAACAGUACCUAGACCUGAUCUGGGGGACUCUUCCAGACCUGACUGAAAACAAGAUGGCUGUCCCUGUUGUGUUCAAGUCAUCUCCACUGGGAGGGUGUUACCCUAGUGACCGUGACUCAGAGAGACUGGCGCCCAGCUGUUCAGUAACUUGGGAGAGAGUCUGUGUAGAAACGAUACAGACAAAUGAUGAAUCCAAUCUAGAACUAAAGAUGUGAAAACACUGUAAAUGGAAAGAGGACUUAUUUUAAAUCCUGUAAAUACAACCUGUACAAAAGAGUGAUAAGACAAUAUAAAGAUGACAACCUGUCUGGUGUAGAGAAUUUAAUCUGUAUAUUGUUGAAUAAAUAUUGUGUCGUAAGGGA